CCUAGUUCUUUCUCCACCGUCUACGUGAUUGGUCCUAGAAGGCCAUCAUCUCCUUCACCAUCGAAUCAAAAUGAAACUUGCGUUAAUCCAAACGCUAGAAGGAAAGAUGGCCUGGGUAAAAAAACAGAAAAUAAGAGAUGAAAGAGAUUGAUGAUGAUGAGGCAAAUCCAAAAAGACAGGCAAGCAGAGAGAGCAGAGUGAAUGCUCUCCACUCGUCCACUAUCCCCAAACCCCUUCUCAGCUCCCACUAAAGCUCCCUCCAAUUACCACACCUCUUUUCAAAUUUGGAUAGUCCAGCUUCCAGCUCCCUCCAAACAGCUUCAAACAUUUACCCCAGUUCUAACAAAUUGCUACAACUUCCCUCUUCCCUUAUCUACUUCAGUAAACCGUAGGUCGAGCAAAAGGCAGGCGUGGAACUCCAAUGGCUUCAGUAACAUCAGCUGCUUCUUCCCUUACAUUCGGCCUCUCAAACACAGCUCUUCAGAUGAGUCAGAGCAGCAGCGGCCUAGGGUACAACUUGGUGUCAAUGGGUGGUUCUUUGAGUAACAAGACCGCCUCUUUCCCUUCUCUAAGAAGUCGUCAACGCUCCCGCAUCACUUGUGCUGCAAAAGCAGAGACAGUGGAGAAAGUGUGCGAGAUAGUGAGGAAGCAGCUGGUUUUGCCUUCGGAAACAGUCCUCACCCCUGACUCCAAAUUCUCUGCUCUCGGUGCCGACUCCCUCGACACUGUGGAGAUAGUGAUGGGGCUGGAGGAGGAGUUCGACAUCAGCGUGGAAGAAGAGAGCUCCCAGAACAUAACCACCAUCCAGGAAGCCGCUGAUGUGAUUGACAAACUGGUUCAGAAGAAAGGUGAAGCUGCCCCAGCUGCUUCCUCCACUUAAAUUCAUUUUUUUACACUGACUAAUCCAUCCCCAGCAGGGUUCUCCGUUUCGUUACCUAGCUAGGAUCUCUUUGUUCGUCUUUCUUUUUGUCUGUUCUCGAUUGAAGUUGAACUCUCUCUCUCUUUCAUGCCUGCUUCUGGAAUUAAUGAGGAACGAUUUCGUUGUAAACACUUGUUUGGCCCUUACUUCCCAUCUUGAAAAACCAGGCCGUAUGAGAUUGCAAUUUUUGAUGAGAAAUACGGCAGGAAACCAAAUCUGGUGAAAGAAGCUAAGCCUGGUUUAACAUAGCUUAUC